GUCCGGCGGCUCCGAGCCUCUGGACUCACAGAGCUCUGACUCGGUGCAGGUCGAUGACCGUCUGCUCCGUAAAUCGCCCGUCUUCCUGUCCAAUGACUGCAAAGCGUUGGUUCAAAUCCCGCGGCUGAGUCAGGACCUGCUGGAAACCUGCAGAAGCUCAGGGUUUGUAUUGUGCUCUCAGGACACUUCCUCCCCUCAGACGUCUCUGCCCGCUGAAACCAAGAGCCCGACGUUUCCCAGAAGCCCCGGCAACCUCAUGUCUUGUCCGAAGAGUCCUGUCUUCUCAGAGACGCUGCAGGGAGAUGAUGACGAAACGCAGCUUACGCAGGGUCUUGAGUAUUUAAAAAGUCCUGUGUUUGGCAGGAACACUGAACGUGAGACGACUCCAAGUGCCUGCGAACCUCUCGUCAGUGUCUGUGAAAACUCAGGGUUGGAGUUCUCCUCUCAGGAGACUUUUACCUCCUCUGUGAGGACCACUUCCCGUCGGCCUCAGAGCCCCGUCUUCCCAAGAAGCCCAGCCCUGCCCCCUCCCCCGGGAAGAUCAUCGAUCCGCAGCAGCCCCGUCUUCUCAGAGACGCACCGAGGAGCCGCCGAGCGAAGUCACGGCUCUUCUUCGAGUCCGGUGUUCGGCAGCAGUGGACGAAAGCUCAGUGAUGACGAGCCGAAGACGUCUGCGGUUCCUUCAGAGGUCGGAAGGUCAAACAGAGAAGUGAGUCGAGCCGUCUGCGAGGAAUCAUCUCAGAGGCCGACGCAGUCCUGCGACACUGACCCUCAUCAGGACGACGUCAGGUUGAACACGAUCUCCGUGGUGUCUCCGUCAGAUGAUUCACAGGAAACACCUGAAGACUUGAACGCAGCAGAGACGGAGCUGACCAGCGACAUGGUGCUCGUCUGGUCUGACAAGGACGAGGACAUCACGCCGGCAUGUUCUCCGAGCCCGGUCUUCUCAGAGGAGAGAGGUGCUGGUCUGGCAGAUGUUCAGGUUUCAUCCCUGAACCACGACACAGCAGCUUCUCCAGGAGCAGAGUGGAGGAGCAGCUCCACAGAGGAGGAGCUCCAGCCAGUCGAGGGGGCGUGUGCUCCGCCUGCAGUCGGGCCGACGGUUCACUACUACUGGGGGGUUCCCUUCUGUCCCCGAGGCCUGGACCCAGACGCCUACACACAGGUGAUCCUGGCUCAGAUGGACGUUUACGACAAGAGUCUGAAACAGGCUCAGAGGCGUCUGCUGAGGAAGGCGCCGUGGGGGGGCGCCAUCCUGCCACAGCCUGAGAAAUCUCCUUCACCUGAGCCGUCUGCUGAGUCGCCUCAACGUCUUGUUCCUCGAAGACGAGGUCUCAGAUUGAAGAAGAACAACCAGAGUGAAGAGUCUCCUCCAGCUGAGGAAGAGGAGGAGGGUGGAGAGCAGCGGGAUGGGGAGGCAGAGAAGGAGACAGAGGGAGGAGAAGGUGAAGAAGGACGGAUGGAUACUGACGACUGUGAUGUUUGUCCAGAAACUCAACUGAGUAACAACGAUGACGACGAAACACAAGUUCUGACGAUUGACUCCGGGACCGAGCUUCAACCUGAAAGUCCUGAUCUCCCCGUGGUCCAGAAGAUUCCUCGAGACGAUUCUCCAGCUGUGGUCGAGCCGCCGCAGGAGGAGGAGGAGGAGAUGGAGGUGGACGCGGAAGUUUGUGGAACAAUGGAGGGAAACAUCCCUGUCGGCGGCGGUGAUGCUGCACACAAGAAAGGAGAGGACAUGAAAGAGGACGACGUGGAUCCAGAGGUGGACGAGAUAAAAGUCAGAGGGCUGCAAAGGCCGACGUCUCCGGAAGUGGAUCCCGCCGCCAUCGCUCCGAGUCCUGAAGCCAGCGUGGACUGUCCCAUCUGCCAGGGAUCCUUCCCGGUGACAAAGAUCGAGUGGCACGCAGCGUACUGUGACGGAGAGGUGGCUGUCCUGGACGAGAGGGCGCCUGAAGUGUCGUCGAAGCCUCGAAGGAAGCGACGAAGAGCAGAGGUCGCAGAAGCUGAAGAGACAAACGACUCCGUCAACAGCAGGAACCAAGAGAAAUGCUUCAUCUGUCAGAAAAACGUUCCUCUGAGAGAAUACACCCGACACACCGAGCUGUGCAUCCACCGCCGACCACCGAAGCCUGACACGAGAGGAAAUCUGCUCUCAGCUCUGGAACAAACAGAAAACAGAGGAUCGGAAGCCGGGCCGUCAGGAACCAGAAUCCAGCCGGGAGAGGUCAUCGACCUGCGGGAUGACGACGACGACGACGACGAUGAAGAGGAGGAAGGCGUACGAGCGUUGAGCAUCAGCAACUCUCCCAUCAGAUCCUUCACUCCCAUCUCCGAGGCCGCCGGCUGCCUCAUCGACUUCAGGAGGCAGCAGCGAGCCAAGAAGCCGAGCCACAGACGGAGAUGAGGACGAGCCUCGAGAGGACAAGCGUCUCCGGGACGGCGGCGCUGACUGAAAACAUCAGAAACCAGAGCCUUAAGUAAAACCUGCAGAUUCAUCAGGUCAGACGAGAUGUUACAAUGAAAGAGGAGAGACUUUUCCCCCCGGUGGAUUUUUAGCAGGUGAACGUCUCAAUGUGCGAAAAUCUCAUUUCCUGUGCCACUCCCAGUUUUUUAUGUUUCCUUCCUGCGUUGAAGAUGUUUCUGUCUACCUCCGUCUGUCCAACACAACGAACCGCAAACCACUCUGAUCUGAAAUGUCUCCACGACGUCUGAGCAGAUUUACAUGCUCCCAAUCCUCUGACUUUAUCACAAAGAUACAGUUGUCUUAUCAAACGGCGUGGACCAGUUUUUAAAAUCAUCCUCCGGCCAAAACCCAGCGGGAUGUUUUCGCACUGACGAGAAACUUUUCACUGUACACGUUGUUUGCUCUUCUCGUUUUCUGUCUUUGACUUCAAACCUGUAUCUGCACUUUAGACUGAAUUUGCCAGUUGUUUGACUCAGCAGAAGUAAAGUCACUGUGAUGCACUGAAACAAACACGUUGACUCAUUAAUGGACGACAUCUCACAACACUGCACCAGCUCGGUAUCUUUCUUGACGCGGACGAACUUCUGUGUCGUCACAUCUCGGCUUCAAACGGUCGACCUGAGGUUUCCUGUGAGGCUUUGAAAACGACGUGAAGUUUCAUCAGACUCUGUCACAACGUUCGGUUUCAUCAACUGCGUCAAAGACAACGAAACGAAUAUGAAGAACAAUCAUCAGAGUUCAGAUUAAAUCUGAACCUUCGUUUACCUCAGGACUGAAUGUGGGACACACUCAGACCAGGACAGAAGUAUUUGGACACUUGGAGCUGCAGGAAUAAAAUCACAGAUGGACAUUAGUGUCUCAGCUCUUCCUGUAAAUCAAACACUGCUCAGUCAGAAAAUAACACUUUCAGAUAAUUAAAAGGAAAGAUAAAGAUGUACUGGAUAUUGUCCUGUGACCUGCAGUCAGUAGUUUUAACAGAGAAACAUCUUCCUCUGCAGACAGUUGAUUUAUUUAUUCAGAAAAGUGAUUCGAUCAAAAGUUCAGGACAAAAAUAAAAACACUCUCGUUU